AUGGGCUGGCUGCAACGAUAUGCCACGGGCUAUCACAAGUGGGAACAGGCUCAACACAACAAUGGCGUCGUCUUUUAUCGCCCACUCGGCGUGGUAGAGAAAGGCUUCGACAAUGACGGUAUCUACCACGAGGGAAGAGCCGAUAUCAACUUGGCCAUGUCCUUCGAGAUCAAGACAACAAAGUCAAAAGCGCAGCUAAGGCGGCAUAUUCUCCUAGCAUGGACCAACCUGCGCCUAAGGCACACUCUGUUAGGCGCCACUGCAUCAGGACCCGCAGAUUUCAUGGGCAAAAACGCUGUGCAAAGAAGUGACCGAUUCUUCGUCAUAGCAAGACCGAAGGACCAACAGCAUGCGGUCAGAUCGGCAGAAGGCCCUGUCGUCUUUCUUGAAGAUCACUACUCGUCAGUGGAUGCCGAUCUGCUGUAUCUCCAUGCCCAGAACGUGGCCAGGACUUUCGACGCCCGUCAGUCAAUGGUCAAGGUUAUGGUACUGCCCCUAGAAAGGAUAGGCUCCACCACUUAUGCACUACGCUUCCUUUUUGUUAUUGCUCAUCAGAUUUCUGAUGGUCUCACCAAUGGCAACUGGACCGGAGACUUCAAGCAGCUUCUCAACAAAAAGGCCAAUGAGCUUGAGUCCGCAGUUCCCUCCCUCAUCUCGACUUUGCAUGAGAGGCUUCCACCCUCGCAAGAGGACCUCUACCCACCGAUUGCUGGCUCUCGCGCACGACAACGGUGGUUUUGGGCCAUCACCCUCGUACUUCGCCACGUGCAGAAGCCGUUACCACCAGCGUUUCCCAACCCGCUCCGUUACCCGGAUGCUCCAAUCAAGGCUGCUGGGCCAGAAUCGAAGCUUUUCGACAGGAUAUUGGACUACAGCAAGGUGCCUCCGUUGAAUGCCGCAAGGGUGACUGCCCACAUCGGCAGAGAGGGAACCCGUAGACUGCACAGUGUCUGUCGACAGGUCGGCUGUAGCAUCGGCGCUGGUAGCUUUGUCCUCGCUGGGAUAGUCAUGAUGGAAAUUUAUGAGAAACGCUUCCCCGACGUCCCUCUGGCCGAGCGCCGUGCUUUUGUUGGAUCCUUCCCCAUCAACCCGCGCCCACUCUUCAAUCAUACCGCAAAGCCCGACAGCCUGAUGCUUGCAUUCUCAGACGGCGUCGUUCUGCCGUUUCUCUCCUCUGACCUUGACCUUGACGGACGGAUCAGACUCUUAGUGCGAUCUGCGCAGAGGCAGCUGUCGAGGUAUCAGAAACGACCUCGGAAUAGCACUGCUGUGAGCUUGCUGGAAUAUAUGGGUCCUAGAGGCGCCGGGAGGGUUGUGGCCAUGAACUAUCUCGACGUGAUCGAGCGCGCAAACAUCAAACUCCCGGACCACCUGCGCAGGGAGUUCCCGUACCAGAAGGUCCUGCCCAAGCAGGUCAAUCCGACCCUGGCAACUUGUGGCGUUAGUUCUGUGGGCAGAUCAGACCCUGGGAUGUCGCCCGGGCAAAUCGACUUGAGCAAGUCUUUAGAAGGCGAGGAGGAUGGACUUAUUGCCGAUAUCAGGACUACGGCACAAAAUGUGAGACCGCGGGAUGGCGAGUUCCUGGUUGGCAUUUGGGGCAAUGAUGAUUCUAUUGACGCAAGUGUCAGCUACGACUCAUGUGCCAUUGACCCCGCGUGGGCAGAGGUGUGGAAGGAGAAGAUGGAGACAAUACUAGAAGAGCAUACUGGCCAGGCAAGGUUGUGA